AUGUCGAAAGCACAUUCAAGUGGUGGCACAGACGAGUUAUCCAUCACGAUGGAAGCAUCAGAAAACCAGCAACUCAAAGUUAGUUCGAUGUUUCAUGCUUAUUACCCUCCUGGUUUUAUCCGAAAGGUGGUGGCGGAGGUGGUGGCUACCUUCUUAUUGGUGUUUGUUACAUGUGGAGCGGCGGCACUUAGUGGAACCCAUGAACAUAAGGUGUCUCAUCUUGGUGCUUCCCUUGCCGGUGGCCUCAUUGUGACUGUUAUGAUUUAUGCCGUUGGGCAUAUUUCUGGUGCACAUAUGAACCCCGCAGUCACUAUUGCUUUUGCAACCGUUAGACAAUUCCCUUGGAAUCAGGUUCCUUUUUAUGCAGGAGCACAACUGAUAGGAUCAAUAUCGGCUUCAUUUUCCUUAAAGGUAAUAUUCCAGCCAAUAAAGUAUUUGGGUACAACAACACCUUCAGGGACAGAUUUACAAGCUCUAAUCAUGGAAAUCAUUGUAACUUUCACAAUGAUGUUUGUUACUUCAGCCGUAGCCACUGAUUCUAAAGCCGUAGGAGAGUUAGCAGGUAUAGCAGUAGGAUCAUCAGUAUGCAUUACUUCUAUCUUAGCAGGACCAGUAUCAGGAGGAUCAAUGAACCCUGUACGCACUAUUGGACCAGCAAUAGCUAGUAAUGUUUAUAAGAGUAUUUGGGUGUAUAUUGUUGGCCCUAUAACAGGGACGUUAUCAGCGGUGAUGUGUUACAGUUUUAUUCGAGAAACCAAUGAACCAGUUCAGGCAAUCUCUUCGUUUAAAUUUCUUAGAAUGAGAAGCCACAUGCAUGAUGAACAUGUCGAUGUAAAGGAUCCUAUAGGUUAUUUGAAAUAG